AGUCUCUACAUGAACAGCCUGAUGAUUUUUCUUCCCUGUUGAGUUCAGUCCUCUCUAACAACGUACCUUGAACUCUUGUCUGCAUCACCGUCAGUAACAGUUUCUGUUACUGGUCAUGGAUGAUUUUGUUCGUAACAAACUAACUGAAUGGGGUCUGAGCGAGUGGAUUGAUAGAUUUAAAGAUGAAUACAUCGACGAGGAAAGUUUCUAUUGUCUUGAUAUCCAAGAACUUAAACACUUGAUUCCAAAGUCUGGACCACGGGCAAAAUUUAAGAAGAGAUUCAAACUAUUAAAGGGAAAACUAAAAGCAACCCAGGAAAGAGAUUAUUUCUCUGUUCAAUGUAAACAGGAGCCUGAAGAAGAAGAAGCCGAGUUGCCUGGGGUUUUGCCAUCUACAAGUAUCACAGUAAAGAGACCUCUGGACCAUGAUGGCGAGUCAAGCAGGUGGGAACCACCAGCUAAACGACAACGUGACUGUCGUGACAUAUACUCAGAAGCAAGCAUGCUGUCUGAAGUGAAAAACAUAAUGAGGGAUGUCCAACAGAGACUUCAAAACCAAGAAAACACAAAGCUGAAUGCUUUCCUGAAAGCCAAAAUUAAUGACUUGGAGACAGACAAGAGGGAGCUGGUUGGUGUCUUUGGCAGAAGUGGGGCUGGAAAGAGCUCUUUGAUAAAUGCCAUCAUUGGAGAGAGGGAUCUUCUGCCAACAGGAAGCAUCAGUGCAUGUACCACGGUCAUGAUUAAAGUCGAGGCCAACAUGCAAGACUCAAACUAUAAGGCAGACAUUGAGUUCAUUACAAAAGAGGAGUGGAAAGAGGAACUGUGGUCCUUGGAUCAGUUACGUGGGGAUAAUUCAAAUCAGAAAAGGGAUGAUGAUGAAGAUGAAGAAGAAGAAGUUGAUGAUGAUGAUGAUGAUGAUAAUGAUAGUUAUGACUUUGAUGAAAAGCUGUCUGCACUGUAUGGAGAAGAAUAUAAAAACAAGACCUCUGAGGAACUCAUGGACAAGAAAUAUUUCAAAGAAAUUUCAGAGUUUCUCAAUUCCAGCAGGAAGACGUUCACAUGCCAAUCAGCUAAAGAGCUAUCUACAAAGCUGUUCAAAUACACAAGAAGUGAGUCAGGGGAGGAUGAAGGUCAAGCUGUUAAGAGGUUCUACUGGCCACUAGUGAAGUGUGUGACUGUCAAGGUGCCACAUAAUGAGUUUCUCCAACAUGUGACACUUGUGGACCUUCCUGGAAAUGGAGACUGUAACAAGAGCAGAGAUCAAAUGUGGAAAGAGAUCGUAAGUGAUUGCUCCACUGUGUGGAUUGUGACCGACAUUAAUCGAGCAACAACAGAAAAAGAACCCUGGGAGAUCCUGAAAAAUGCCAGUAGCCAUAUGGGAAAUGGUGGCGAGUGUCAGCAGAUUCACUUCAUCUGCACGAAGUCUGAUCAGAUUGGAGAUUUAGAUGAUAACUCAGCAGCUCAGGCUCACGCUCACAUUCAGAAACGAAACAAUCAAGCCAAAAGAGUUGUGAGAAAUGAAUUCAGCAAGCAAAGCAAGAUUAAGAAACUGUUUGGUGACAGGUGCUUCGAUGUGUUCACUGUGAGCUCCAAAGAGUUUCUAAAAAGAACGCCUCUGGUAGACACUGAAAUCCCAAAACUUAAGGAAUUCCUUCAAAAUCUCAAUGACAGUCAUUCAGAGACUUUAAACUAUGUGUCUGGAGCUUAUGGGAUUCUCUCUUUGAUUCAAGGAGCCCGCUGUAGAGGAGGGGCUGGUAGCAGAACAGACGUGUGUGCAGACCUUGAAAAACACAUGUGCCGUCAUCUUCACAAAGUUAAAACAACAAUGGAUGAAGCCAACAAAGCUUUUGUAAAAUGCCUCACUGAGGGGGUUGAAAAAUCCAAAAUUUCUUGUGAAAAAAAACUGAAGUCCUUCUUACUUUCUAGAAAAGGUGGUGGCGGUUUUUAUGGAACUCUGAAAUGUGUGGUUCAGAACAAAGGCGUCCACAAAACACAGAAAGGGAAACAAAUAAAUCUCAACGUGACGUUGUCCUCACACCUGACUGACAGCAUUGAUGAGGAAUUCAAGAAGACCUUUCCGAAUGGCCGACAGUGUGAACCAUUCAAAGGAGUCAUCAGUAGGUUCUCACUCAACACAGACAGACUCAUUCAGAAAUACAAAGAUGUGGAGCUGCAGCUGAUAUUUCUGCAGACAGAGGAAAAGAAAAUUAAGACCAAACUGAAGAAAGACAUCAGAGACCGUAAGAAAAAAAUCUACAACAGUCUGACAAAGAAAAUUGAGGAAAACAUGCAAAAGUGCUAUGACAAAGCAUAUGCAUUUACUGGAAAGGGAUCACUGAAAAAGAUGAGGGAGACAAUUCAGAGACAUGUGUAUAAUUCAAAGAACGUCAUGUUUGAUCAGGCUAAAGAUGCUCACUUGAACCUGCUGAAGCAGCUGAAGAUUUAUGUCCUGAAGACACUGGAGACAACUAUGAUGAAAUCCAUUGAGCUCUCACUCAAGACAGAUGACUCCUCGAUCCCAGAUGUUUCAAAGGAGCUUGCAGUGGUGAAGAGGUACUGCGAUCAACUUAAAGUUGACAAAAAUGAAUCUGAUUUGCAAGCAGAGGCCUGGUCUCUCACUGAACAUCCCUGAGGAAACCCUGGUUAAAGACACAAGGCACCUGGAUUUUCUCGGCUAUUUUAGCCAAGCUGUUAGACAUUUGCUCGUGUGAUUUUUUGACAUGGGCUUUGUCCUUGUUUCUGAAUUUUUGUGUAGAAUUUUAGAUGUUUUUAAGUCAUUUUACUUUAAAUUGUUUGUAAUUCAGAGGUGGAACAGUAUAACUGUAACUUUAACUAUAUAUACCAUGUUUUCACGAUUUCAUUUUAUGGGGUUUUCUUUUUAAUCAGUUUAGCAUGGUUUAAAUGGGAAAGCAACUCAGCAAUUUCUAUUUUAGUUUUGAACAUAUUGUUAGUUUAAUUUCAAAUAAAUGCUAUACUUUUAUAAGAAUGUCUGCUCACAUAAGAAAUGUAGUGGUUUAUAUGUAUAUUUAUUGUUGAGUUAUUUGUCAAAUAAUUUUUCACACAAUUCUCCACAGAUCUAAAUGUACACAAAAAGUGAAAAUUCACUGAGAAAGGACUAUUGAUUUAUACCAGCAUUGUUUUUGUGUAUUGUUUUUAAUCAUCACCUUGUAUGACAGAGGUCACAUCAGUAAUAGAAGUAAUAAACUUCUUACUUUUUA